CCCGUCUCUGCGAGUUUCUAUCUGGGCGAGCGUCGUGCCGGCGUGUGGUCGUGUGUCUAGCUGUGAUACUAUACUCGCAGAAAUUCUGAUUUACGGUGGAGACGACAGACACCGAUUGGGGCUCGCUAACCUCCCGCUCACUAAGCGUUCAACACGAUUACAGUUACGGGAGCCUUGUGGGAAUCGACUUGGCUUCAGUGAGGCGGCGUUUGGCGGGUGUCCUUGGAGCCUGAUCCCAUUUAACACUUCGUAUGGAACCGAAUCAGUCUUCAAGUCACGGUGAUGGAGUCAGAUGGUUAGGGGAAGCCAGCUGCCCCCUGAAAGUCACCGAGGACAUCUGGUUCGGAUGCUGUUCCUGCACCUAUGUCACCAGAGAUCAGCAUGCAAUUUUGAGCCAUCUGGCUGCCCAUGGUGAUGAACAAUCCAAGUGCCAGCAUCCUUCCAUGUCUGGCUCAUCCCAAGUGCUCAGCAACACUGGGAACCACAAGAGUGAAAAGCCAUUUAAGUGCAAGCUUUGCUCCCAAGAGUUUGCUUAUAAUUCCCUUCUGACCUGUCAUAAUCGAACACAUGCUGGUGAAAAACAAUUUAAGUGCAUGCAAUGCCCCAAAGCCUUCGCUUGGAAGAAAAGUCUGAUGUACCAUAGUCGAACACACACAGGUGAAAAGCCAUUUAAGUGGAAGCUUUGUCCCAAAGAGUUUGCUUGUAAUUCCCUUCUGACCUACUAUAAUCAUUUGCACACUGGUGAAAAGCCAUUUAGAUGCAUGAAGUGCACCAAAGCCUUUGCUAAAAAUUCUUCUCUGCAAAGACAUAAUCGAACACACACAGGUGAAAAGUCAUUUCAGUGCAUGCAAUGCCCCAAAGCCUUUGUUCAUAGUAAAGAUCUGAUCUACCACAACCGAACACACACAGGUGAAAAGCCAUUUAAGUGCAAGCUUUGCCCCGAAGAGUUUGCUUGUAAUUCCCUUCUGACCUACCAUAAUUAUUUGCACACCGGUGAAAAGCCAUUUAAGUGCUUGCAAUGCCCCCAAGCCUUUGUUAAAAAUUCUGAGCUGUGUCGUCAUAAUCAACUACACACUGGUGAAAAGCCAUUUAAGUGCAAGCAGUGCCCCCGAGCCUUUGCUCAAUAUUCUUAUCUGCGAAGGCAUAAUCGAAUGCACACUGGUGAAAAGCCAUCCAAGUGCAAGUGGUGCUCCAAAGCCUUUGCUGACAGUAGCAGGCUGGCCCACCACAAUCGUACACACACAGGUGAAAAGCCAUAUAAGUGCAAGCAGUGCCCCAAAGCCUUUGCUGGAAGUUCAUCCCUGAAAAUUCAUAAUCGAACCCACACUGGUGAAAAGCCAUUCAAGUGCAAGCAGUGCCCCCAAGCUUUUGCUGAAAAUUCCCAUCUUCAAAACCAUAAUCGAACACACACUGGUGAAAAGCCAUUUAAGUGCAAACAGUGCCCCCGAGCCUUUGCUGAACAAACUGCUCUGAGAAAACAUAAUCGAACACACACUGGUGAAAAGCCAUUUAAGUGCAAGCAGUGCCCCCGAGCCUUCGCUGAAAAUGCUGCUCUGAGAAAUCAUAAUCGAACACACACUGGUGAAAAGCCUUUUAAGUGCAAGCAGUGCCCCAAAGCUUUUUCUCAGAGUAGGAGUCUGUCUUACCACAACAGAGCACACGCAGGUGAAAAGCCAUUUAAGUGAAAGCAGUGCCCCCAAGCCUUUGCUACAAAUUCCCAUCUUCAAAGCGAUAAUCGAAAGACACUGGUGAAGAGCCAUUAAAAUGCAAGCAGUGCACCCGAGCCUUUGCUGAAAAUACUGCUCUGAGAAAUCAAACUCACUGGUGAAAAGCCAUUUAAGUGCAAGCAGCGCCCCCUAGUCUGCUCAAAAUUCCUCUCCACAAAACCAUAAUCUAACACAUACAGGUGAAGUCAUUUAAGUGCAAGCAGUGCCCCCAGAGCCUUUUCUCAUAAUACUAGUCUGAUCCACCAUUAUCAAAAACAGUGUUCAAGGGGGAAUGAGGGUCUUUAACUUUCUUAAUUUUUCAUUUAUCGUGUUGAAAUUUAGUAUACUGAUGUAUUUUCCAAUGGUGAUUUCAAAUACACAAUGAGUUUUCAGAUAGCUUUACUAUAUCCUGAGCUAUCAAUAAAUUCAUAAUUUUAACUAGGCCCUCAUUAUGGGUGGUUAGCAUAAAAUUCUUUAGAAUAUAUCAACUGCCUAUAGAAUUGCAUUCACCAAGACAUGCUUUGUGCAGUGAUGCUAUUUCUGUUGCUUUAUGUGAUACAAUCAUUUUAAUUAUAUAGUUCUAAAGCCUUAAUUAGACACUAACAAUCUGUAAGAAGCACCUAAUUAAAAUUCCAUAUUGAUAACUCGGGAUCUAGUAAAGCUACCUAAAGACUAAUUGUAUGUUUAAAAUCACCACUGAGAUGCAUCAGUAUGCUAAAUUUCAGCAAAAUAAUAAAAAAUAAAAAGUUAAGAGAUUUUUAUCACCUUAAAAACUAUACAAGUGCAAACAAUGCCCUAAAAGCUUUGGUCAGUGUAGUUGUUUUUACUCCAGAACCAAAUGCACACGUAUGGAAUGCCUCGUGGUUGGCCCGUAAGUUUAGUCUGCCCCAUGUGUAAUUUAGCUUGUGCAAAACAAUGCCUUUUCAAUCAAAGUAUGCAUAUAACUCAGUGCAAAAUAGGUCCCAAGGCCUUUGCUCAGCUUUAUAGUGAAGCUCACCGCAAUGAAGUGCUUAUGCAUAAGAAGCAUCACAAAUCCCAGCAGCAUUCCAGGCCAUUUUCUAAACGGCCUUGCCUCAUUGGGCACAUGCUAAUGCACUAGGUUAACAAACCCUAAGGGCAUUGGCUUAAAGCCUGCAGCAGGUAGGCCUUUCAAAUGCCAGCAAUAUCCAAGAAGUCUCUAUCAUUUUUCCAGCUUGGUUGGCUACACAGUCAGACUCUUUGGCAAUGCUCUGCAGCCUUUCGUCCGAAUGCCAUAAUUUGUCAUCGCACAAACGUAUUGUGUGUAGGAUAUGAUUCUUCUCCAGCUGUGAUCUGGAGGCUGGGUUAAUGAAUGGGAGAAAUUGCCUAAUGAAUUUCAAAGCAGCUACUCUGUGUUCUGCACCUGUAUCUACAUUGGGUCAUUUUCUAUUGCUUGUUCCAAGCUCCCUUGAACUUGUUCGAUGUAUUCUUCUUGAGACAAGGUCUAAUAUGUUUGUAAAAAUGUCUUCGUUUUUUUUUUUUUAUACUACUCUUUUCUAUGGGGAAGGAAGAUGUAAUCGUGCUAAAAGUUAAUGUACGACCUAAAUUCCAUCUUGAUUAUUAAAAAACAAAAAGGUCGACAGUUUUGACUUUUACACUUGUUUCUUUCAGCUGCUGCAGAUUAUGGUACUAAAGUAACGGCUGGUCCGGCAUGCUUGUGACUGCUUAUGACCAAAGAAACUCGUUUUUGAGCCUCUUGUGAGGGUUUACAACUUACUGCACUGCUGUGCAACCGGUUGUAAGCAGUCACAAGAGCCUUGAAAACUGGUCUUGUCUCAGUCGAUUGUAGUCAAAUGGAAGUGUGUGAAUUAAGUAGUGUGGAGUAACUUUUCCAAGAUUUUUGUUUUGACAUCCUUUACAGUGCUAAGACCUCAUUUUAGCAGUUACCUCGGUGGGGAACUAAUUGCCGAGUCUGUGUAUACACCGCGAAACUUGCUGCUACCGGUUGGGACGUCGUUAGUUGAAUGCCUCGCUCUGCCCAGCAAUUUUCGCUAUAGAUUGGUGCUGUAUCCAUUUUGAAUGCCCCUUCUGAACUGCAUUGACGAAACUUGCAGAAAAUUCGUAACUAACAUGCUCAUACUGAAAGUGUUUUUGCCUUCCCUCUUUGCACUGGCAUCUUCACAGUCAUGUAUUUAUGACACCUGCUUUCAGAUAUCACUUUUCUUUGUUUUAGGUUUUCCCAAUAUUUUGUCGCUCCGUGUCCAUUUUCCCGGCAGUUGUUUCCGUGUUGCCUGGCUGUCUGCAUCAGAAUUUUCGAACCGUAGGUUUCAUUGUUUGCUAAAAAGUUCCUUUUUCUUUUUCUUGUGUGUAACACAGGAUAACGAAUGACGAAAUUAAUCCCUGGAG